CUUUUGGAGUUUAAAAGGAUAAAUGAAUAUAGUAAUAUUGAUAAUGAUCAUAAUGAUAAAUGUUUCUAUGAAAUAAACUAUGCGGUUUUAUAAAUGGUCAUAGUAAAUACCUUUAAAUAACUACUCAUACCUACUAACUAUAUGGAUAAUUACUUUACAUUGACUUCUAAAUUUAAUUUAUAACAAACAAACAAAAAAAAGAAACGAUGGCUAAUUUGGAUUUUACAGAAUUAGAUAAAUGGAUGACAGAUUUGAAUAAGUUGCAGUCAGAUUUACAUCAAACUCGUGUCAGUGACGACAAGACCUAUCAACACGCUGUCAAUAAUAACAACAGUCAGCCAAAUAACAAAACUUCAGUACAAUACAGGCAUUCAGCAGAGUUAGUAAAUGCAAUACACCAAAACACAAGGACGGGUUAUUCAACAAACAGGGUAAAUGACAGUAUACAACGAAAUUGUUAUUUACCUAGGACAAAUUUAUCUCAUAUACAACAAUCUCAACAUGAUUCCCAUCUGAACAAACCUCAGAGAACAAUAAAUUUCCUCAACUCAACUGGAUCACAUGAUAUUAAUAAUUCUGAAACUAUCACAGAUAGUCGGAAUACAAAAUAUCAGAAACAUGAGUAUGGUAUUCACUCAAGUACAGAUAAUAGAAGCUGUUAUAGGAUGUCGUGUAAUAAUGGAUCAUGUAUUGGUCGAAAUAUUUUGGAGAAUUCAGUAACUAACAGUAAUGACAUUAACAAUUUUAAUCAUGGAUUAAAAAACUUUAAAAAUAAAGCAGAUUACCAGACACGGACAACUCCAGGAAAAGAGCAAAAAUCUGUCCAUUGGUCUGAAGAUUUAGAUACUUCAAAUUCAAAUCGAAAACAAGUGGCCAGUGGUAUUACCACAUUGAAUAACAAUAAUAAAAUUAUUCCAACAAUUGUUGAUAAUGUCAGUACUACAAUUAUUACUACAACUAAUAAUAAUACUGAUAAUGUAACAAGUAAUAUCAAUAAUAAUCAUGCUAAUAGUUAUGAAAAUUGUUAUUCGCAACCUAAAAGACAACAAUCAUCAGAACGUGAUGUGUCCAACUCUAAUGUUACAAAAGCUUAUUCAUGUUCAAAAAAUAUCGAAGAAUUUCUUAGGAGAAGAUCAUUAUCCUCUAAUCCAGCAAAUGCAUCCAAUCAGAUGGUCAGAAGUCAGAGUUUAUAUGCUUACCUUUCUAUGCGUAAUGAAUCAGCAAAUAAUGUGGUUAAAACUAGCGCAAACACAUUGGCUAAUGCGACAUUUUCAAUAAAACCAGACGAUAGUCAUAAUAUAGUUGACGUACAAGCAAAGCUACCUCUAAAACAACUGGCUGUUACUACUUCUACUACUCUCAAUAAUAAUAGUAACCACAGACAAAGUGAUAAUUAUUCCGAAUAUUCUAUCGCUCAAAGAUCAGUCUGUUCCUCUGUGUAUGGAGCGGAGAGUGCAAAUUCUCCAAAUUUAUCAACAGAGCUUCAUCUACCUUCUUAUAGAAGAAGUAUGUCACCAAGCUUUCAAAGAUCUUCAAAUCAAUUCGAAACUAACGGAGUUGUAGAUAAACAUCAGUCCAACAAAGUAAAUCUCACUGUACAAAUCUUCCUACCAGAUAGAACUAGUAUACAUAUCCCAGUUCACAGUACGACUACUGCAUUACAAGCUUUGCAAAUGUUAACUAGUACCAAUCAAAAACUUCUUACAAUGAAACAUGCUUUGGUUGAAAGAAUUCCUGUUUUACAUUUGGAACGUUGUCUAGAAGAUGAUGAAUAUUUAUUGAAUUAUUUAUCAAGUUGGAAAAUAGGAAAUGAAAAUUUAAUAUUUCUUGAAGAACGACAUGAUUUAUAUGGUUUAUUCGAAAGUCCAAAGAGCUGGUUAGGUGAACAUCAUUCUAUAUUCAAUAUCAAUUCAAACAAAAAUAUUUUUCAUCGAAAUGAAAAUAUCCCAAUACCAGUUUAUACAGAUCAAUUAUUUUUACGUAUUGGACAAACAAAAUGGAAGAGAAGAUAUUGUCAUUUGAAUUCAAAUGGUUUCUAUGUUAGUAAACAAAAAAUAAUAAAUAAAUCAUCCUUAACACGUUUGAAUAUAUUUCAACCAAAUUUGUAUUUAUAUAUUACUAUGAGUGAUCAGAAUAAAACUGAAUAUCCUACACCAUUUGGUAUGGUAGUCAGGCCUCAUUCAACUCAGCAGGCAGAUUCUCGUUUAAUCAUUGAAAUGUGUGCUAUCAAUGAAGAAUCAUGGAAGAAAUGGUAUUCCCUACUUCGUAUUGCUUUGAUUGGAAAACGAUUGUACACAAAUUAUGUAGUUAGGAAAGACACUGUAAAAAUUCACCGUGAGAAUAUUUCUCAUUUAGAUUAUUCAAUAAGAAAUUCUUCCUGUUUUAACUCACUCAAUGAUAGACCUAUAUCUUCAACAGUAUCGGAAUUAGACAGUGAUCAUAUAUUAGGGGAUCUGCAUUCAAUCGGUCCUAAUUAUAAAACUAAUUCAACUGAAAUGGAAUUCCCGCCAAAAUCAGGUAGUUAUAGUGUAACUGAUUUAACUAAACCGAUACAACUUGAUAAUCAUAUGAGUAAUGGACGUCAUCAACAAUCGAAUGGAGCAUCAAGUUUAACAAGUCUUACACUUUAUCCAAUUCAAACACCACCACAAAAAUCAAUAAAUCGUCAAAGUCGAUUAGAUAAACAAAAUAUUAAAUCAGUUAAAAAACGUAUUUUCGGUAAUGGACCAUCUGCACGUCGAUGUACACGAUCUAUUAGUCAAAUUAGUUCACCAUUUAAUAUCAGUUUACCAUAUUGGAUACGUGCAAGUUAUGAAGAUAAAGUGAAUGAAACAUUUAAUGAAACAGUAUUAUAAUAAUAAUAAUAAAUAGUAUUAUUCAUAUAAAAAGAGAAAUACAAAAACCUGAAAGUGAAUAUUGUUUGCAUAAAUUUUAACAUUAUGAAAUACUAUCCAUUUUUCAUAUAAAUAUGAAUGCCCCAUUUAACUCUAAUUCAAAUCGUAUACAUGUCGACUACACGUCGACUACAAUACAUUUUCUGAUAAAUCUAUGCAUAUAAACAAAUUAUACAAGUUUAUUAUCAGAAACACUGACUAGAAAUAUUUUGGAAUAUCAUUAUUUUCUUUCUUUUUUCUCUCCAUAAAUGUACUGAAAUACUUUAAUUUCUAAUGUAAAUGUCAUUUUUGUACUGUCGUUAUCACGUGAAAUAGAUUUCUCUAAGAUUGACUAAAACCUAUCAAAAACUAUUAUUAUUAUUAUUACUAUUACUAUUAUUAUUAAUCUGUCUGUAAAUAUUCAGAUGUAUGUGCAAAUAUGUGAUUUAACAGAGUAAUUUCUAUAAAAAGAUUUCUUUUUCUUUUUCUAUCGAAACAUCAAAGAUUUUCAACACUAACAUGAUUAUAUUACUUAAUAAAACUACUUACAAUGUAACAUCAAUAACUAUCAUUAUAUAUAUAUAUAUAGACCUCCCUUUCAGUGCGAAUAGAUACUCACACAUACAUAUAUUUACCAAAUUUUAUUAACUAUUUUCGAAAGAUAUUUUUCCCUUUUCUUUUUGUUGUUUUCAUAUACUAUAAAUUAAUACUUAUUAGAGUUUAAUUAUAUGAAAGAAAAAUGAUUUUUUAUAAAUAUAAAUAAUAAUGUAAUUAUGAGAAAUUGUUCAAGAAGAUACUAUGUACACAUAUAAAAGAAGAAGAAAAUGAUUUCUUUUUCUUUCAAAACAACACAUGAACUGAUUUUCAGUUGUAAUUGUCCUUCAUUUAAUACUACCACUACAAUUACUUCUUCCAAUUCCUAUAGACUUGAAAUGGAUUUUUAUAGUUUGUAAAUAUAAACAAAAAUAGUAACAAUGAUAAUUGAUCAAUAAAUUGAAUUAUUAUUAUUAUCA